CGGACUGGUCCUACAUCAGCCGACACUACAGUUUAAAUAUGUCGGUAUACUAACUGCAUUGUCUCCGGUAAUACGGCUGCAAAUAUUCCUUUUAAAAUGUAGCUCUUUGCGUCAGAGCACGACGCGCUUUCGCUUCAUUUAUUUUGAUAUUCUGUUUGAUAUGAUUUCGGACCCAAACACGUAUUUAAAGAAGAGUAACCGGGAAAAAAAGGAAGGAUAUCACCUAUGAGAGACGACUGUUUUCAAGAUAUAAAUUCGGAAACAUGGAGAGAGUUUCUAUGGUCCAUCCUCAUCCAGCAGCAUGAUAGGAACCUCCAGUCUCUCAGGGGACACCCUGAUUGCCUGCCAUUAUCCCGUGGUUCAGCUUCCCACUUGGCGACUUCCUGUCCAAGCUCUGUGCAGCUCCACCAAGAGACCUAGCCGGCUGUGCUCAGCAGGUCUGACUCGAGCCGUAUCCCUCCCUGAACAAGACUCUCUGAACCAGGAACACACCUUUACUGGAGGGCGGAAACAUUUCUCCAGCAGCUACAGCAGCCUGAAUGAGGAGCGAGCAGAGGAGGAGGGGGGCAGUGAUAGCAGCGGGAGGUACGACUCCACCUCAUCACCGGAGGAAAUAAGUUCCCUUUUGAAAAAGGAGAGCUCUGGAGCAAAAGGCAGUCUGAGGCUGCACAACUCAUUCCUGCCAAACUCAGAACUAGACGAGGAUGAUGAAGAUGAUGAUAGCGAUGGAGGAAAUCUGCACAGAUAUCAUGAGGACUCGUCUUUUGUGCUGCAUGGAAACUCAAACUGGCCUGUCAGUAAUGGUGCCAGAGAUUACACUAUGUCACACCAGAACAUGGACAGUGAAUGGGGCAAUGAAGGGACCAUUUUGGAGUGCUUUCAAGUUGGCAGAUCUGGUAGCAUUGCGUAUGGAGAGCAGGACUCAGACAUAUUGAAGGAUAACAUUUCUUGUUGCACACACAGCCAACAAAAAUGUUCUCCAGAGCUGUUCACAAAUGGUCACACAGAGUAUGUCAGUGACUCCUCCUGUAACAGCUCUGAUGGUGUUUUGGUAAACUUUUGCACCAUCUACAACAGGAGCAACAACCCUGCCACUCCACAUGACCUCAGCAGCCCUGCUCUCCACCCCUCGGAGUCAACUGAGGGAUCUGUAUUUCUCAAUCUCCAGCCUGUUCCUAAGACUCCAGCCCAAGGCCUCCAACAUGAUCAUUCAACACUUUACUCUCCCCUCAAAGAAAAACAGAACAUAGAGACGAGUCCCUGGUCUCCUCAGGGCCUCGACUCUAACUGCAAUCUUUACUCCCUGGAGCCCCUCCCCCCAGGUCUUUCCUCACUGGAGGUAUCAGAUCUGACUGCCUGUCUCCAAAGCCAAGCCACGCUGGCCAUGGGGACCAACCAGAAGUACUACAAGCUUGUGACCUGUGACCUUUCCUCCCAGUCGCCCAGCCCAGCCUGGACCAGCCUCACCAGCUGCCCUGAGGGUCACAACUCCGAGAGGAGAAGUAGCCCUGCCCCUUCUUCUGAGACGCACUGUGUUGAUCACAAGAUGGAAGAACAACACAGAGAAAACAAGAAGGAGAAAGAGGAUCAACAAAAAGAAAAGAUGCUCUCCUCUGCACAGAGAAGCCUCGCCUCGCAGUUUCCGGCCUGUGAUUACCAAGAAGCCAGCACCUCCACUGAACAAGCUCCCUGCAUGAAAAGACACACAGACAGCAUCCAAAACCUCUCCUACACAACCUGUUCAGUGUGCCCCAGCAAGUGUAGCCCACAUAGCUGUAAAUGCCAAGGAACCAGCUCUGCAUCCACACUGCCAUCUGUGAUUCUGGACCAAGAGCACUGUGAUACCAAUGCUGCUGAAAAGGGAGCAUGUUCGAUGGAAAAUGCAGUUAUUCGCUACAGUAAAGCCCAGAGACCAACCUCCCUGCCCAUCCAGCCUUUUGUCCUGGUGCCAGCAGACAAACCCCAGACCCAGCACCUGGGCUGUCUUCUUGAUCAGUACAUAAACCAAAAGUCCAAUGGUAGCACCCAAUCAGGCUUUAAGUUUAAAGGCAAAAGGAGUCAGUGCUUCACUAACCUUCAGCUCUCACCCAUGGGCAGUGCCUGUCCCGUCUUCCUAGAAGCUCCUUCAAGUUCAGAUACCUGCUCCACCUGCACGCCGAGUCCUGAGUGCUUCAGCCGCAGACAUACGUGGAGCCAGUCCAGCAGAGGCCAAGGACGCCAGAGUCCAUGCACAUCAAAAAGCAGCCUGGAGCCAACGUACACAAGUCCAAAGCCCAACCAGGGACAAGUGCGAGAUAAAACAAGCCCAAACUCAGGCAAAACUCACUCUUUUCUCAAAGUGACCCCAACCCUAAAUCAGUCUAGCCUUGCUAAAGUCCCCACCUACCAGGACCUUAUCAACCUCACCCCAAAGCAGGGGCAUGCCAACACUGAGGCAAAAAGUCCAAUCAAGUCCAACUCCUCAUACCAUUCCGUUUUCUCCAACACACCACCCACUUUACCCCUAACCACUGACGCUCAUCACCCUAACCGUCAGGUAACCCUGUCUCCCAUCACAACCACACAACCUGAAAAGAGGGCAGCACCUGCUGCUGAUUCUGGCUUUUUUCAUGGUAGUUUCACAGCUGCUCUCUCCUCAGUCGCUCCUCUUUCCUCUUUAAGCUCUCUGCUCUCCUUGGCCGCUUCAGGGCUGUACUCACAGCAAAACUCGGACUCUGCUUUUCUCAACGGGAAGUCCAGUCAGAGCCAGCACAAUGAAUCUUUGAUCUUGAGUGACAAGCCGCCAGCAGAGUUCUGCCUCUCACCUGAUACGUCUUAUGAGUCCAUGUCCAUCAGCCAUCUGCAGAGGAGAGGGUUGCUGAGAGCUGUGAGCAGAGCUGUGGAUCUAAUCAUGGCUCAUUUUGGCAGCAGCAGAGAUCCUGAAGAAAAGAUGCGUCUUGGUAACAGCUCUCGCAGUCCGACUAUAGCUGGGCUUGUCCUGGAACAUUUGUGUCCUGCGAUUCAGAACAUUUUAGAGGAUGGGCUCAGGGAUCACAAACUGGAUGUGAUCAUUGGGCAACGCCGCAACCAUUCCUGGGGCGUAGUGGAAGUCUCGACGAGGAUUGGUCCAUCUACCAGGGUCCUACACAGCCUCGUCUCCAAAAUCAGGCAAUGUCCACAGCUUGGCAGCCACUGCAUGAAACUGAGAGCGUUCAUUAUGGGCCUGCUAAACUUGAGAGCUUUAGAGUUCUGGCUCAGUCACCUUCAGAGUCAAAAAGAUGUGGUGACAACAUACUACCAUUCUUGGGGCUUCCUCUGUAUGUCUCUGGGUCGGUGUCGGCCCCUGUUUGAGGAGCUGCUCCUCCUACUGCAGCCGCUCUCCGUGCUGCCUUUUGAUCUCAACCUGCUCCUGGAGCCUCGACUGCUACAGAACAGGCAGCUGUGUUUAGAUGAGCCGGGGGAUUCUCCACCUCAGCCGUGCUCGGCCCUUUUAGUGACCAGCUGGCCACUACUGCAAGCUGACAGACAGGUAGAAAACAGCUGCAGCAUCAAGGGAACUAAUACUUCACAAAAGUCAGAUCUGCAUCAACAACAUUAUCUCGGCUCCCAGAGUCUUAGCUGUAAUAAGCAGGAUGUAGGAGCAAUCCAGGCCAGUAGGAGUCCGAUGUUAGCUCCAAUUCCAGAGUGGUGGCCCAAAGAGUCAGAUCUGAUGGACAGCAUAGCUGACAGGGAAGACUGCAGCCUGAAUAAUGCAGAUAAUUGGUCUCAGAUCAGUAUGGACAGCAGGCAAGGGGAGAGGAGGGGAGAAAAAGACAAUGAGACCCCAAAUAGAUCUGUGCAGGCUGAGAGUCCAUGUCAGGGUGGACUGCGCUGGGCCAAACUGUUUGGAGCAGCUGAUGUUCCCACCCGGACAGAGACGGUUUUUCAGAGUCACAUUGGAGCUCAAACCAGAAGGUACAAGCGACCAUCACAGUGGCUACGUUUGGACCGGUCACAACUUGGGCUCUUGGCUCAAUCCAUCAGGUCACUGAAGAUUGGAGGAGCUCCAACAGACAAAGACUGCUAAAAAGAAACACCCCUGUGGGUUUGCCUUUAUAUUGUACUAACAAGAAGAAGUCCUUAAUGCAUGAAAACUGUGCUCAUCACUGAUCAGAAAGCACAUAAAAUACAGGAGCAAUGAUGUUGGCCGUGGCUCGUAGUCAUUGAACAAGCUUAUCACUGAAGGCUUUUGCACACCAAGGAAGAUGCGAAUAAAUGGCAUGAAAUUUUGAAUAAUUCAGAGUGGAAUUUUUGAACUUGUUGUGCCCGUCUAUUCACACCAGGAGCAACAAGAUUUUCAAUUCAAAUUAUGUACAUUCUGCAAAACACUCCCGCCAUGAAGGUCUGCACUGUUUACUGGUAAACAGAAAUACAUAAGAACAGCAAAUAAAUAAGAAGCAUUUGUAUUU